CUUCCGACCUCCGUGUCCCCGAAAAACACUUCUCCGUCUUCGUCCCCGCGAUUUACAGCCUCUCUUGCUCUCUGUAUUUUUAACUCAGCUUCUUCUGUUGGGCUCUCAAAUGUGCAGAUUCAUUCUCCCUUAGGUCUUCUUUCAGGUUGAAGACAACUGCUUCCAAUGCUGGUGUUUUCUGUAUAGUUUUCCUCUUGUUGUGUUGUGAUUUCAAAUGAUAACAGCUCCGAUGUGCUUCUCAAUCUUGCGAGUUCCCAAAUUUGGAGUCCCCACUUUAGCUAAUUUAUGGAGGGAAAACUUCCAUCCCUUGAACAGGAAUUAUGGUCAUAGUUCUUGGUAUGAUCAGCUUGGUUUUAGGAUCUAUAACCUUGAAGGAGGGCAGAACAAGAGAUGGACCAGAAAAUCUAUGUCCACAAAAGCAGGGAGGAAAGCAAAAACCGACCCGAGCAGUAAACCGAGCAAUAUCAGGAAUGAAAUCUUAGAGGAAUCGGUUUCAACAAGCUGUACAAUUAGCAUCAAUAAGUCUGAGAAAAAUGGAACUCAGAAGCUUCAAUGUUGUAAUAUUCAAGAAACGAUUACUAAAGACAAGGAAUUGGCUCGCCCGGUGACGGUUAUAACCUUCGACAUCGAAACAACAGGUUUUAGUCGAGAGCUCGACAGAAUAGUGGAAAUUGCACUUCAAGAUCUCUCAGGAGGAGAAAAUAGCACCUUCCAAACAUUAAUAAACCCAGAAUGCUACAUUCCAAAUGCAGUUGUACAUGGCAUUACAAGCCGUAUGGUCAGUCGACCCGACGUUCCAAGGAUGAAGGAACUUAUUCCAAUCUUAUUACAGUUUAUCAAAAGCCGUCAGAAACCUGAUGGAUAUGUAUUAUUGGUAGCUCAUAAUGCUCGUACCUUCGACGUGCCCUUUUUACUCAAGGAGUUCAGCCGUUGCUCGGUCGACAUUCCUCUAAAUUGGCUAUUUUUCGAUAACAUUCUUUUAGCCCGUCAGUUGAUGAAAUCCACAGAUUCGAAGAUUAAGAAAAUUUCAUUGCAAGCUCUUCGUGAGUAUUACAAUAUUCCAUUGGUGGGUUCAGCUCACCGAGCGAUGUCGGACGUGAGGACAUUGUCGCUGAUUCUUCAGCGGCUUACUUUCGACCUCAAGCUAGGUAUCCCUGAUCUCAUUGAAAGAUCUUUUACUACUUCUGAUCUGAUUAAUAAGAAGAAGAACUAGUGGGUUAAGUUAUAUGCAGAAAUGAAUCAUAAGUUAGUGAUCAAGCUGUGCUUUUGUUGUAAUGUCAUUUACUAAUUUUAACUUCAGUUCAUUCUUAUUACCAAAAUGUUGGGCCAUUUUUAUUUAUGGUCAGCAGAUUUGUCUUGAUCUCCAUGUUCUUCAAGAACUAAUGCCUGAAUUGGAUUAUCAUGACAAAUAAAAUCUAGUUUUGUUUUA